AGUAACAGUCAAUACACUCACCAGCCACAAUACGCAAUAUAAGAAGGUCAAUAUAUGGGACGCGUACGUCUUACCUGUAAAACCUUCACGCAGUGUAAGGUCACUCUAUCCGCACAUAGACUGCUGAAUCCAGGGUCCAGAGUGAAAAGACCAGCCCUAAAGUUGCAGUCGAAGUUACGGCUAGGGUCCCACCGAACCCAAGGGUACAAGGAACGGCAAUGAGCAUCACACAACUGUUGCUGAGCUAUCUGGACGUGCCCACAGUGUUAAUAUUUCUGAUCAUACUGCUAUUCCUGGUUGCUCAGAGAAAGCCCCACAGAUAUCCACCAGGGCCGUUGAGAUGGCCCGUAAUAGGGAACCUCCCCAUCGUGAUCGGGGCCAAGAUGCAGGCCAAAGACUUCAUGAAGAUAUCUCAAAAGCACGGGUCAGUAUUCUCACUCCGGCUGGGGGUGUUGGACAUGGUGAUUAUAAACGGCUAUGAUGCCAUUCACGAGGCUUUCUCCGAAAAGGCCGAGCUAUUCACCGGCAGGCCUCACGAUCUGAUUUAUAUCAUUCAGAAAGGUAUAGGAAAGAAAGGGUUAAUCAUGAACGAAGGCCCCUCCUGGCACGAGCUGCGUAAAAUGAUAGCCGUAGCCUUUCGUGAUUUCGGAGUGGGAAAGAAGACGCUGGAGGAACGCAUACUGGACGAGUGCCAGGCCCUCUUUGAAGUACUUGACUCCAAGCAGAAAGCACAGUCCAUACAAAGUACCAAUCUGCAGAGAACGUUAAUGUCCGCAGUGUCCAACAUUAUCUGCUCUAUUACGUUCGGAGACAGAUUCCAGUACACAGACAAGCAGUUUGUAAAACUGUUGGACUCACUGGCGAGGUUUUUUCGGACCAGUGCUCUCGCGCUUCCAGAAAACGCGUUUCCAUUUUUGAGAUUCAUCCGAACGUCAUCACAGACAGAAGACAUGAUAGGCAUCCAAAACGACUUGAGAGAUUUUGUCAGACAGCAGGUGGAGAAGCACAAGGAGACCUUUGACCCCGACAACAUCCGGGACAUAGUAGAUCUGUACCUGCAAGUAACCGGUAAAGAAAAGAGGCAAACCAAAGCGUUUUCCAAUGAAAGCAUGGUUCGAGCCAUAGUGGAUCUGUUUUCUGCGGGGACAGAAACUACUUCUCUCUCCACUACUUGGGCCAUCCUCUUUUUGGUGUGCUACCCAGAAAUCCAGAGGGAAUUGCACAAAGAAAUAAUGCAGGUGAUUGACAAUGGCCGCCGCCCUUCUCUCCAAGACAAGCCACACCUGCCCUAUGUGCAGGCGUUCAUCUCUGAAAUGAUGCGGGUUGUUAAUAUUGCACCUACAUCCGUCCCCCACGUGACCCAAGAUGAAGUGGAGUUGUGUGGGUACGUAAUACCAAAACGCACUGUCUGCACGGCGAACAUCUACUCGGUUCACAUGGACCCCAAGGAGUGGCCCGAACCCGAGGAGUUUCGCCCUGAGAGGUGGAUCAACAAGAAUGGCGAAUUCUACAAGCCCAGUAAAGCAUUCCUCCCCUUCUCCCUAGGUCCCCGUGCCUGCCUUGGUGAGCAGUUGGCCAGGAUUGAAUUUUUUCUCUUCCUGACCUCGAUGGUCCAGCAGUACGAGUUCUCCACCCCCAUUGGUGCCCAACUGCCACGACCUUUCCCCGAACGCUCGGGAAUCACCACGACCCCACCUGACUACGAGCUUUACAUCAUGAAACGCGAAUAA